GUCAUAGCCUACUUAGAAACCUUUGCAGUUAUUGUAGGCUGAUCUUAGAAAAUUAAUUAAUUCACAAGAAGUAGGUAGGCCUAAUAAGUAAAGUCUGGCUACAGAGGUAGGCUAGUCAAUAUAUAGACCAUCCAACUGCUUUAAAUUCAAAACUUUUACCUUCCAAUCAAGAGAUAGGCCUAAUCUAAGAUGUGUACUCCAACUGUUUACCCUGCUAACCCAUUCGAUGCCAAUGCUGAUGCAACUGCAUUGCGUAAAGCUAUGAAAGGGCUUGGGACUGAUGAAAAGGCAAUUAUUGAAAUUUUGGCUCAUCGAGGGAUUGUGCAGCGUCUUGAGAUUGUGGAUGCCUACAAAACACUUUUUGGAAAGGACUUGUUAUCCGACUUGAAGAGUGAGUUGAGUGGAAAGUUUGAAGAUGUGAUUGUUGCAUUGAUGACCCCUCUUCCGUCAUUCUACGCGAAAGAGCUUCAUAACGCCGUGGCAGGCGUUGGAACUGAUGAGGAAGCUAUUAUAGAAAUCCUUUGUACCCUGAGUAACUAUGGGAUCAAAACUAUAUCUGCGUUUUAUGAAAAAAUGUUCAAUACAACAUUAGAGAAGGAUUUAGUAGGAGAUACAUCUGGCCACUUCAAACGGCUCUGCGUCUCACUUUGUCAGGCAAAUCGGUCUGAAGAUCCCAACGUAAACCAUGAACAGGCUAAGGCUGAUGCUGAAGCUUUGUUUGCUGCAGGUGAAAAGAUGAAGUGGGGGACUGACGAGUCAGUGUUCAACCGCAUUCUGGUGACCAACAGUUAUCAGCAACUGAGAGAGACAUUCCUAGAGUAUGAGAAACUCUCUGGAAAUGACAUUGAGAAGGCUAUCAAGGAAGAGUUCUCAGGCAGCAUACAGAAAGGCCUACUUGCUAUUGCAAGGUGUGUGAAGAGCAAGGUUGGAUUCUUUGCUGAAAGGCUGCAUGACUCAAUGGCUGGAGUAGGCACCAAGGAUAAGACAUUGAUACGCAUCAUCGUCUCUCGCUCUGAGAUUGACCUCGGGGACAUCAAACGCGCUUUUGAGGAAAAGUACGGCAAAACACUGGAGAGCUUCAUUUCCGGGGAUACAUCUGGUGACUACAAGAAAGUGCUGCUAGCACUUGUCUCUUAAAGGUGCCCUGCUAGUGAUACUCUACUGCACAAUGUGUUCAAAGCAUGUUAGGGAUAACAACUCAUAUGGGUCUAAUGGUUAAUGGUUUCCUGUUUAAACUUAAAACAUUUGUGCUCUAAUUAAUCUGGACCGUCUCUAUGGUCCUCUCAGCAAAAGUAUCCAUUCAGCACUAAUACAUUUGAAAUCAUACAAGCAUGAAGCAAUCAUACAUAUGAAGCAAAACAUACAUUUUUACUAAAAUGGCUCAGACAUAAAUCUAGACAAUUAACUGCUUAAAGGAAAAAGAUUUUUAAAUAUUUCCAAGGAAAUAGCUGCUGUGACUUAUAAAUAUGUAUGUUUUUUUUUAAGUUUGGUAUGCGUUAUAGUUUUAAUGUUAAAUAUGCAACAAAAAUGUAUUUUAUUUACACAUUAGCUAGGCAAGUAUCUUUAAAACUUUAUAGUUGUAGUUAAAAAUUUACAAAGUUACUUAAAAUAUACUUAAACAUAAUAAUUUGUUUAUGACGACGUUUUCAACUAACUAUUGAGAACAACUGGGUACUUUUAAUUUUUUAUGCGUGUAUUAAUAUAUUAAUUUUGCUAAAACAGUAUUUUGGUAUGAAAACAAUGAUACAAUUAUUAUAAAAUGAAAGACUGUAGGACGUGAAGUAUUGUUAACCUUUCAAAUAUUUGUAGUUGUAGUGAAUAUACAAUAGAUUUUUUUUUUUUUACAAGAGCGAGAAAACAAAGACAUGAUUCCCAAUCAUUGUGGAACAUUUUUAAUAGACAUAAAUCACAAGUUAAUUUCAAAAGCAAUACAUUUUGUAGAAAUAUGAAGUGCCUGGUUGCUAAGAACUAGAAGUGUAUGUUAAAAGUGCCAUUCAAUCUGAAAUUACUGAAAGACUAGCGUUUUAUUUUCCACUAAAUUCUGCUCAAUACAACUCAGGUUCUAUGCAUUUCAUAUUGAUUUCUCCUUCGGUUUGUACUUUAGUCUGCAGUUGUGGCUUUUUGGUAUUAUUUAUUUAAAACUCAGUUAACACUAAAGACAAGAUUAAACUUGCUGUAAUGUUGGUACCCCUACUAUACAUAACUCAUAAUAUCUUAUUGAUUAAUACAUUCCACUUAAUUUUCACACAAGAAACUUUUAUAAAUUUUCAAAAACUAGUUAUCAUUUUUUACCUUUUUGCAUGUAAGAUUAUUUAAAAUUAGAAUAUUGUGUAGCUUAUAGUGCCACUUGAAAAAUUGAAUCAAAAUGUUUCCUAUUUACAACUUUAUUUUUUUUAGUUAAUUUAUAUGGCUACUCAGGUAAUAAAUCACUUUUGCUAAGCUAUUGCUUGUAAUUGCACAAUUAUUACUGUGAUGUAAUGAAUCAAGAAAUAUAAUCAUAACUGUGUAUUGAGGUUGUGUCAAUAUAACAUUUGUUAAAGGCUUUUAGCUAUAACUAACAGAUCUGUUAAGCUUGUUGAAUUGUCAAUUUGUGAAUUUGCCUUAAUUUAUUAUAGAUUUAUAUUCUUGUUGUUUAUAUAAGUAUAUUUUCUUAAAUGUUAUAUUCUACCAAUAAAUCUUUGCUUUUGUCUUAA